GCGGCGGCGCGCGCGCUGGCCUGGAGGCCGAGCUGGAGGCCGAGCUGGCGGCCGCGCUGGCCCGGCUGGCACUGCGGCAUGGCGGCGGCCGGUGGCCAGGGCCCGUCCGGCGGCGGCGGGCUCUUCUCCUUCCUGCCGGGCGGCGCGCGGCCCGACGGCCCGGACGAGCUGGACACGGACGCGCGCGGCCGGGGCGCGGGCCGGCGGGAGCCGGGCGCGGCGGCCGCCCACGAGCCCGCGGCCGCGCAGGACGCCGCCCGGAGGCGGCCGUGCCGGGCCUGCGUGGACUUCAAGACGUGGAUGCGCACGCAGCGCAAGCGCGACAACACGCUCAGGGACGACUGUCCUGAGGACCGCCAGGAGCUGGGGCGCCACAGCUGGGCCGUCCUGCACACGCUGGCCGCCUACUACCCCGAGGCGCCCACCCGCGAGCAGCAGCAGGACAUGGCCCAGUUCAUCCACUUGUUCUCCAAGUUCUACCCGUGCGACGAGUGCGCGGAGGACAUCAGGAAGCGGAUUUACAGGAACCAGCCCGACACCCGCUCGCGGGCCCACUUCACGCAGUGGCUGUGCCGCCUGCACAACGAGGUGAACCGGAAGCUGGGCAAGCCGGACUUCGACUGCUCACAGGUGGACGAGCGCUGGCGGGACGGCUGGAAGGACGGCUCCUGCGACUAGGCGGCGGUCACUGGUGGCACGGUUGGGGUGGGGAGCUCAUUAAAGUACUCAGAGCUGUAGCCAGCCUGUGUCAGUCGGGCGACCCUCAGGACACAGCCAAGAGCCAGCCCCACAGGUCCAGGCCUGGGGACCAGGAGCUGUACCUGCCACUCAGGCUGCGGUGUCCUGCUUGCCCUUCGCCCCAUGCACAUGGCCACAGGCCUAGCCGGGCCACAUGCCAGGGGCCCGAGACCGGCCUCUGCCCUGCCCUGGUAGGGCAGGGCAGGGUGGGACAGGACUUAGGUGAUGCCCUCUCUGCUCGUAUAGGCUGUCCAGCCUCCUGGAACCGUCAUUCUGGGACCGGGAAAAGACCUGGGGAGCCUUGAGGAACCACAGGCCGCUGGCAGCCCCUGCAAUCCUCAGGCAAGGGACAUGCAGACAUGCAGACAUGCAGAUGGCAGACGGUCCCUGCAAAGGGGCUUGCCAGGGUUCCAGGGCACCAGGCCUCCAGACCCCCACCACUGCAGCAGGGCAGGGAAGUGACCAGUGAGACCUGACAUCUCUCUAGCUGCUUCUCCAGUAGGGCGGGAGGGGGGAACGGGUGAGGGAGACUGGACGGGGCAGGGACCACCCAAAGGCCGAGGAGCCAGAGCAAUGCGGAGGGGUCUUGUCCUGCUCACACCUGACCCCCAGGGGGCAGCAGCACCCUGUGCCUGCCUGUGAUGUAAAGCUGCUGUCACCUGGAGGGCCAUCUACACUGCGUGCAGAGAGGGCGCUGUGACUCCUUUCCCCUGAGUCCCACCCCUCCCCCUAAUAAAGUAUCAUUUCCUCCCGUCCA